AUGCCUCGCAAACGCGCUAAAAACGAGAUGGAUCGGAAGAGAGACAAGGAACACUCGAAGGAGAAACGGCGGAAGAUACGACAGCAGCAGUCCAUUGCUUUCUGUCACGAUGAGCAGAAACUCCGCCAACAUCUGCAAACCCACCAGUUCCCCCACCUCAAUAAUGCUCAGCAUGUCAAGGACAAGGACGUUCCUAUGUCGGUCGAUCCGGAGAAUUUGCCACGCACGUCAACCGGAUACCUUGGGCUGGGUAGAGAUUUGCCUGAGCGGAGAGAGUACGCAUUGUCGGAUUUGGUGGACGACGGGGCCCACAACUUCACAUUGGUUCGCCACACCCCUGAGGUCACCAAAUACAUACCCAGCGCAGAAAGUAAGGGCGUCAUGGUCGUCAUUUCCCCUGGUCCGGAGAACGACCCUAGUUGGAAUGAGAACACGCGGAAGGCUGCGGCGUCGAUUGAAGAGCUGGCUUCACAUUGCUUGUUCACAGGCGACAGACGACGCGGUAGUUUUGAUUCCCUCUUUUAUGGCAUCUCAAUGGGCAAUGGGCAACCGCGACCGAUGGUAUUGAACGAUCAAGGUGCAGCCAACCUGAGGGUAUUGGAGAGGCUAAGGACGAUGGAAUGCUUCCAGCGUAUUGCUGGCUUUAUAUCAGUCACCUUCCUGAGCUGGGCUCCAAACCUCUUCCUCUACUACAUUCGCAUCACGGCGGCCCUACUCAACCGCCAUCCCGACCUUUUCCUACCUUUUGCGAACUGCAUCUUUGCCGCUUUCGCGGUCAAUUUUGGUCCUCAAACUGUAUGCCUUCCUCAUCGGGACACCAAGAACUUGGCUUUUGGUUGGUGCGCUGUAACAGCUCUCGGGGACUUUGACUGGACCAAAGGUGGCCACCUCAUGUUAUGGGAGUUGAAAAUGGUCCUAGAAUUUCCACCAGGCGCAACGAUCUUCAUCCCGUCAGCUGUUGUUUGCCACUUCAACACGAGAAUUCAGCCGCAAGAAAAAAGGUUUUCAUUCACGCUGUACAGCGCCGGAGGGUUGUUUCGUUGGGUGGAGCAUGGUUUUCAGUUGGAGAAGGUUUACCAACAGACGCUUGAGGCUGUUCGAGAUGCUCGGGACAAUGCACAGAAGUGGGCAACUGGGCUGUCGCUCUUUUCAUCUAUCGACGCCCUUCAAACCCGUUCAUUUCUAUGA